AUGAAUGACCCUGGUCUUGACGGACCUGCGCAGCAGGCGGCGGAAGACGUGGAGGAGAACGUUUAUGAGGCUGACAAACAGAAGGCGGAGGCUGAGGAGCAGGACUUCCUCGAUCCUAGUCGGUGGUGGUUCGCUUCAACCGCGUGCCCUCUUAUCGCAGGUACCUUUGGUCCCAUUGCGAACGCUUUCUCUAUAUGCGCGCUUGUCGAGAAAUGGAGAGUGUAUAUCCCACCAGGGGGCGACGAGGGUCACGGCUCGAAAGUGGAGGACCCCAAGUGGCUUGUAGCCGUCAACUCGAUAUCCUUGGUCUUCGCUCUUGUCGCGAACAUGGCGUUGCUACUCAACAUGACAAGACGACUGUCAUUUGCAAUCGCGCAGCCUAUUACCAUUAUCGGAUGGUUCUUGGCUUCCUUCAUGCUGAUCGCCCUUGUCGUAGUGGCUUCAACAUCCGUCUUUCGCAUUCAACCGAUGACAGAGCAUGCCUUGAGCCAAGCGUUCUACUACGGUAUUAUGGCCGCUGGACUCUACUUCAUCAUUGCAUCGCUCAUGAUACUCACCGUUUGGGGCGCCUAUCGCGGACAUUAUCCGAAAGAAUUUCGACUCACGGCUAGCCAGCGCACAUUGAUGCUACAGACGAUCAGCUUCAUGUUCUACUUACUUGUUGGCGCACUGAUAUUUUCCAAGGUCGAGGGCUGGAACUUUCUCGAUGCCGUGUACUGGGCCGAUUUCACACUACUGACUGUCGGCCUUGGUGGAGAAUUCGUUCCGAAAUCACACACAGGUCGGUCGUUGCUUUUCUUCUAUGCGAUCGGAGGAGUGGUGUCGCUGGGUCUGGUCAUUGGUUCGGUGCGGUCUCUAGUGCUCGAAAGGGGCAAGGAAAAGAUGUCAGCUCGUUUCAUGGAAAUGAAGAGGCGCAGAGUGCUUGAUUCUAUGGACGAAGAGAAAAGGACGAUUAAGCUAGGCUUGUGGGAAAGGAUCGAAUUCUCUGAGCAAGGAUUGAGUGAGGCUCAGAGAAGAGAACAAGAGUUUAACGUUAUGAGGCGAGUCCAGGAGAAGGCCGAGCGCAAGAGGCGGUAUACUGCACUAGCGAUGUCGUCUAUGGCCGCUCUCCUCCUUUGGUUCCUCGGUGCCCUGGUAUUCAUGCAUUCCGAGAGACCCCAGGGAUGGAGUUACUUUGUCUCGCUUUAUUUCUCCUAUACCUCUUUGUUGACCAUUGGUUACGGCGACUAUUCUCCUACGAGCAAUUCCGGUAAAGCUUUCUUCGUCUUCUGGAGCUUGCUCGCAGUGCCCACCCUCACGAUCUUGAUCAGCAAUAUGGGGGACACCGUCAUCAAAGCGUUCCGGGAUCUGACCAUUUGGGUUGGCUCGCUUACUGUGCUUCCUGGCGAGCAUGGCGUUACUGGAACAUUGAAGACUGGUAUCCAACAAUUGAAGACCGGAAAAAUCUAUCGCGACGACAAAGAAACAGAAAAAGGCCUGACAGGACGAGGAGCUGCGGAACAGACAAUGCAGGAUCGUCUCGCAGAACAUAUCGAAGAAGACGAACUUGCAGAAGCAGAGGAGGCUGGUGAACACGGCGAGAAGCUUCUACGCGACAUUCAUUUUUAUCACUAUAUCCUGGCCAAAGAACUACGGAAAGUUAUGCAUGCUGUGGACGCUUCACCACCAAAACAAUACACGUAUCAAGAAUGGAACUACUACCUUAGAUUGGUUGGGCAGGACGAGAACGAUGCAUCUGCUCAUCGCAAACCAAAGGUGCAUCAUGAGCGACAACCGCACAGCCAGCCUGAUCUCGGCACCGCAGACGAAGGCGAACAUAACGCCUGGAGUUGGCUUGGUGUUAGGAGCCCGCUUAUGGGUAACAGGACGGAGGCACAGUGGCUUCUGCAAAGACUGACCGCAACACUUGAGCGCGAGAUGUAUAUGAUGCGAGAUCCUAAGGCAAAGCGCGAGCCUCCUCCGAUAUCGAUGGCUGAUUUGAGAAACAGCGAAGGUCGGUCCGAUUCCGAUCGUGAGCAAGGUUUGAAGAAAGAUGUCGACAAGUACUACGUCGAAAAGCAUUAUUCUGAUGAGGAGUACGAGGAUUGCGAAGCGACGGCCAUUGACCCUAGCACUAUGCGUGGGACUGAUCUUGAUGCUACAGUUCGCGAGAGGCGACCGGUUACGCCGGAGAGCUUGGUAGCGGCCCGCGAAGAAGCCCGAGCGGCGGUUUUGCGAUAUGGUAUCUCUAGGCCACUCGCUACAAGAACGAUGCCCCUUGACAUAGAAGACCCUGCGUGGACUCAUAUGCACAGCCAGGAGCAUGGCGCUUCCAGUGUUGCGAUGCCCGUUCAUGUACCGGACCAAAUCGCUUCUCCACCUGCAAUGCUACGGGUUUCCUCCGCUGUUGGAAACCCAGUACUGGCUACCGACGACGCUGCUUCCUUCAAUUCUACCGAAACCUGGGAGCAUGAUAGCAAUAGAUCUCUAGAUACCAGCAUUCACCCCAACGAUGCACAGCCACCUCAGAUCUAUGUCCAGGAAGGCCAUUUUGGCGGUCCUUCAGGUUCCCCGAACAACAACAAGCUUCGACAGCCUGCUCGAACUCCCAAUGCCGGAUCAGAAUCGGAGGAGUUUUCCGCUGCGGACUAUGGCGUUCAUCGGCAGAGCGGAAUUGAUUGGAAGGACGAUGGAAGCAUAUUCCAACGCAGCGAUCUCACCAAGUAUGGUUUUAGCGAGUUCGGCCGUAGCAGCUAUACCAAUCGCUAUGAGGACUACUAA